UAGAAAUUUGAAUUAAAAAUUUAAUUGUAGAGCUACACAAUCUGCGCUCUUCAAAAUUGUCCAUCCAAAAUUAUCUGCAAAACCGCUUCAUCAAAGACGUUGAAAUAUCAUUGACAUAUCAGGAACAAGGAAGAUAAGAAAUGAACCAUAGUGAGUGAUUUUAAUAGAUGUACUAGAAAUGGGUAUUCUUUUAAGAAAUAGCGUUUAAAUCCAUCUGUGAUCAGAAGAGUAAGAAGAAUAUUGCCUAAAGUCGACUUUAAUUAAUAUCCGAUUAGCACUAUUUGAAAAUUAUUUCGCAACAUUGAAUUUGAUAUUCUUUCCUCCAAGGAGACAGUCUAAAUACUAGAAAGUUUGCCAACUAUACUAUUCGUAUGGUGUGGGAAAGCCGACCAGCAGUUCAAAUUUUAAAUUCUGCGACUGACUGAAUAUAAAAUCCAAGUGCUAGUAAGCUUACAUGAGUUAGUCUUUAUAGGAUCAAGUACUAUUCAAUUCUAUCAAACUGAGAAGCCAGAAAAACAUAUUCUUAGGGUAGCUGAAACUCAUAUCAGUUGGGAUUCGUUGGAAUAUUUUACAGUUACUUAAGGUGUUAAUAUGUCAGCUCCUGGAAGACGCGAAAAUAACCCUAACGGUAACUUUCCACUAGACAAGGAUUUAAAUGUUAAGGCAAGGAGCGGUAAGGCUAACAAAAAGUAUCUGAAAUCCCUAGGUAUUAUAAUGCGUGCAGUAAGUCGAUUCAAAAGAUGUUUGAGUUCUCAAAAACUUGAUGUUAAAAAUUCAGAAGUGACCAACAGCCAAAUUAAAGGUGAAGUUGUAGAAGAAGUGCAAAAUACUAUUUUGAAUGAGCCUGAGUUACGUUUGGUAGUAAAAAAACCUACUUAUCACGACAUUAAACGUAACAUAUAUGAAAAACUAAGGACGGGUAGAUUAAAAAUAAAUGAGGAAUAUGCAUCCAUUUCCACCUUAAACGUAUUUGAAAGACAGCUUCUGAAUCAAAUAAUUUUGACAAGUUGCUUGGAGCUCGCCAAGUACACAAUUUCUUCGGCUGGAGCUUAUGAGAUAAAGACGCCUUGUUUUUGCUGCGAUAAAACUACGAAGCAGUCUCUUAAAACUAAUAACGAACAAGGCUUUAGCGAAAAUUUGAAGUUCUCUGAAAACUUAAUUUUGUUAUUUGGUGUUAUCAAAGGGUCUGAGCAUCUUUUUUCAAACUUCACGCAAGAAGUUGCAAAUCAUAGUCAAAUACAACAGAAGGAAUCUACAACACUUGCAUUGGUAAAACCUACUACAAAUCAAAUUAUGUUCAGAGAGUAUUUGAAAUCGAUACGCACAGAUGCGAACCCUGUCAACUCUAUUCCAUCUAAUAUCGAAGAUGUUGUCCACGAUCAGAAAUUGAACGAUAUUUCGUCUUAUCAUUCUUAAGAACGUCACACCUAACUUGUUAAGACUAUAGCUACAUCAUCAUCUUCUCUACAUUCGGAGCAGAAACAGUAGACCACACUGGAAAUAGUUUGUAUCUUAUAAUAUCUUAACAAAUAUUUUGACAAUUUGAAAAACACAAAAAUAUAUUUUCUAUUUCACCAAUUGCAAAAAAUUCCCAUUAAAUAGCCAAGUCAUAAA